AUGCCUGAAAUGAUUAGUCCUUUACUUGAGUUAUCUCUUUGUAAUAAUUCACAUAUACGUCUUUUAAUUACUCCAAUAUUUUUUGAUAUUUUAUAUACAGAAUAUUUUAUACAAAAUACAAAAACAUUAAUUACCCCUUCAGAAGUUGUUUUAAGAAAAACUUUUUUCCAAAAACAAACUCAACAACAAAAUUUAAAUAAAAGUUUAUUUUUUGAAGAAUUUGUAAAGAGAUUGGAUAUUGCUUUAGAUGAAGCUAAAGAUGAUUUUUUGUUUGGGGAAUUUAAGAAAACUUUAAAUGAAAUAUUUGAUGAAAAAAUAAUUACUCUAGAAAGUGAAGAAAUUAAUGCUGUAAAUGUUGUUGACUCCUUGGCGAGUAUAACUAGAUUUUUUGUUAAGAAUAUGAAUAAAUUACUUGAUCUCUACUCUUCAUAUUUAUCUGUGUUAAAUAUUCAAUCGCAAACUCAAAUUGAAGCAGGACUUUUUUGUACAGUUCAAUUAAUUGAAUUUUAUCUAGAAAUGGGGCAAAACAGUCUUUACCUUAUUUAUUUAUAUAAAUUAUAUGAUCUAAAUAUUUCUGCUGGAAAUUGGGUAGAAGCAGCAAUUACACUCCAAAGACAUUCUUCUCUUUUAAACUGGACAAAUGAACGUCCAUCCAAAUAUCUUUAUGGGGCUCGUAAACAAAAUUUAAUUUUUACUACACAAAUGGCUCUAAAGGAAUAUAUUUGUGUUGAAAUGGCUAAAUUAUUUGAAAAAGGCCAACAUUGGGAAUUAGCAAUAGAGACAAAUAGAGAGCUAAUUAAUGUUUACGAGACAAUUUUUUUUGAUUAUUUAAAAUUAUCAGAAUUGUUGAAAAAGAAUGCUUCUUUAUAUGAAAAAAUAAUUAAAGAAUUAAGGCUUGAAUGUAAUUAUUUUUUGGUUGCUUUUUAUGGAAAAAAAUGCCCCUCUUAUUUGGCAAACAAAAAAUUUAUUUUUCGUGGUCAGCCAUUAGAAUCUUGGGCUACAUUCAAGCAGCGGUUCCUUGCGUCAUUUUCUGAUUUUAAAUUUAUCGAGUCAAUGGAAAUUACUUGUGAGGAAUUGCAAAAAUUAGAAGAUAAACUUGUACAGGUGGGUUAA